GCGCUCGGUUCAGUCGGUUCAGUCAUCAGUGUGCCGUGAAAGCAGCCGGGCUACGGAUCUGGCUCUUGUGCGACUAUUCGAGCGUACGCAUAAAUACACGUACCUAUUCUACACUCUUUAUAUCUUCGGCGUACAUAUACACACAGAGCGAUAGAGACAGAUAGCUGUGAGCACCAAGUAGUAACAGCAGUGGCGCGUGCGGGUGUACUACUGUAGUAUAAGCCGACUUUUUGCACUGGUGCGCGCGUCGUCCACGUCGACGGAGAAAGUCACGGCACCGGAAGUACGUCGCCUCCUUCUUCUUCGUCUACCUCGCGCCGCUUGUCAGAGCGACGCAGUUUUUCCAUCGCGGCGCUACUGCUGCUGCUUCUAGUCUGUGCUUUUUGUGCGUGCCUCGUUUUCCGAGGGAUAAAGUGGCAACAUUGCCUUCCCGCGCUUGGACUGUCCGGCUGUAUUGAUGGAGAGAAGCUCCGCUUGACGGGACGUGACUGAUGCCAUGAUAAACCUCAGCGCCGGCAUCAGCAGCAAGUGAGAAGCAUGGAUCGCUUUCCCACCAUGAGUGAUGGAAACAUUAAUAUAAGCGAUGUCUUGGACGCGAUCGAGACGGCAGACCCGAGUUUCGGGGAGAGAAAUCGCGGAGACAUCGAGAUGAUGCAGACAACGGGACGAAGCCGUAUGGACACGCGCUCGAGGACUGGACCUUACGUCGAGAUCGUCGAGCAACCGGCCAGUAAGGCCCUGAGAUUCAGAUACGAGUGCGAGGGCAGAUCAGCCGGUAGCAUACCCGGCGUCAGCAGCACACCGGAGAACAAGACUUUUCCCACAAUUCGCAUUGUGGGAUACAAAGGUCGAGCUAUCGUGGUGGUGUCGUGCGUGACGAAAGACUUGCCCUACCGGCCACAUCCGCACAACCUCGUGGGUAAGGAGGUCUGCAGACGGGGUGUUUGCACGGUUGAAGUUCCCUCGGAAAACAUGACCGUUUCCUUCGACAAGCUCGGCAUACAGUGCGUCAAGAGGAAAGACAUCGAGGAGGCCCUCAGGCUCAGGGAGGAGAACAGAGUCGACCCUUUCCGAACUGGUUUUGAUCACAAGCGCCAGCCGACGAGCAUCGAUCUCAAUGCCGUGAGACUGUGUUUCCAAGUAUUCGUCGAGGGACAGGAGAAAGGAAAGUUCACGGUGCCCCUGCAGCCCGUUGUCUCGGAACCUAUCUACGACAAAAAGGCAAUGUCCGACCUCGUGAUAUGCAAGCUCAGCCACUGUAGCGCUUCGGUGGCCGGCGGCACGGAGAUGGUGCUACUCUGCGAAAAAGUCGCCAAAGAGGACAUCGAGGUGAGAUUCUUCGAGGAGCGAGAUGGACAAACAUGCUGGGAAGGAAAAGGCGAUUUCCAGCCUACACACGUCCACAAACAGGUGGCCAUAUCUUUCCGAACGCCGAGCUACAUGACGCAUCAGGUGGACCAGCCGGUGCAAGCGUUCAUCCAGUUGCGGCGACCAUCAGACGGUGCUGUGAGCGAGGCGCUACCCUUCCAGCUGCUGCCCCUGGGAUUAGAUGAUCCCGAUUCGUUAAGGCGAAAGCGACAGAAAUUCAAUAACAGCCCGAAUGCGUAUGUGUUGAGGCACGUGCAAGCCGAGGCUGAAAAACAAGCGGGACUGCUGAAACAAAUGCCUCAAUUUAAUUACAACAUCCUCCAGCCAGUGAAAAUCGAGCCAGCAGACCGACUCUCUCCGUUUGGAGGACCUCAGAUGGCAACUUCGCCACCCAUGUUUCAAGGAACUGGACUACGGCCUAUCAACUCUCCAAGGCCCACGCCGUCCCCGAUGGAAUGUACAGCAAUGUACAACAUACCACCUCCUCAGCAAAAUCUGCGAUCUCAGCUGCAGCCGAUAAUGAUACAACAAGGAUCGCCCUCGCCACUGUUAAUUCAGGACCCAAUGGUUGCAAACAUAGCACCUGAGCCGCCGAAGAGCAACUUCCUACUCGGCGAUGCAAGUAUUAUAUCCGAUGCGAUCGGAAAUGCAAUAAACAUCGGCAACGUCAUGGAUGAUAACCAACCACAGCAAGAUUUUCCGGAUUUGAGCUUCUCGCAACUGGACAAUGUCGAUUUGAAUUCCCUGAAUAUUUCUGAUAUUGUAAAAGAGGCAGUAAACGGAACCGAGGCAGCGGGCAAUACUGUUGACGAGACAGGAAUGACUGACAGCUUUACCAAGCUGACAAGGAACACCAUUCAGGAGCUGUGCUCGCUGAACAACAUGUACAAGCCGACGAGAGACGACGUGAUUUGAAAAAUGCAAUGAAGACAAAAAGAUAAUUAACAAACGUUCCAAGUACAAUUGAAAUAGCUUUAAGAUCAAGAAUCGCGAAGAGAAAGAGUUUGGAAAAUAUUCCUCGUUCCCGGCUAUGUGUGUAAACAAAAUUAUCGUGUGCUCAGAACUAUGUGACGCCAAUUGUACUGCUGAAAUGAGAUUUCGGUUAUGGAUCGAAAGCCCUGUGAUGAAAGGAAAUUGAUGACAGUCGCGUUUGUGAAUUCGCCAAGAACGCAUUGCGUGCGGAGAGAAAGAUUGAGCAGUGCAUUUCGACUCUGCAAGUAAAAUAUUUCAAAAAAACGAAGCUUCGUGUAGAAUCGUUUCCUUUUAACUGAAUUGUUGUUCGAUAUUUGCUCGCCGUUUUUAUGAUCUGAGUGGUUCUAUCAUGAUGAAUUAAGCAAUCGCGUUUGCUUCUUACUCAAGCUCAAGUUUUAUGAUUUUAAUACUACGAUUUGUUGAAGCUUUUUAGUACCAGAACCUUGUGCCGAGGUUUUAUACGAGAAACAUAGUGUAGCAUGUAGAGCUUACAUGUUAUUGUCGUGUUUGUAUACACACGUUUGUGAUGUUUUAGACAUUUAUUACAAUAUUUUUACAUAACUUUUGUGACUUCACGUGCGCGUUUCUUGUCACCUUCGUCUUCCGAUUGCUGCAAUUUCUACAGUUUUGAGUCAAGUUGAAUAUACCUAAUAAAAAAAUACCGAUACGCAGUUUAUAGAUUUAUACGUACCAUGACCGAGUCCAGAAAUAUAUUAUAUAUACACUCUCAGGGCUCUGAAUAAUUAUUGUUGAAUUUGUGAUAUCAAUGUGUUAUCGAGCAAACAUAUAUAAUAUGUUUUACAGCAUUUUAUCGUUAAUUAUUGUUAGUAUCGAGUGUAUAUGCCUUCAGAAAAAGUACAACGCAUUUCUAAGAAACGAACUUUUCACAAAUUCUAAACACGUUUGAUACGCCAAAUAGCUCCUCAAUAGCACAGAUUAGAAAAAAGCCGUUUAUAUUUUCGAUACAGACAUUGAGAUUUAUAACGCAAAAGGAUUUUUAUACUAUAUAAUACUAUUACGAAUAAGAUGUAUAUUUUUUAUUUGUUCACGCGAUAAUAUUGGAGUACCGUAUAACACGAUACAAACGUGUGCACUGUAAUACUUGAAUUUAUCUAUGCGCAUAAAACGAUAUUUUUUUAUUCUUGCAAAAAAGUUAUUUUACGAAAAAAAAGACAAGAAAUAAAUUUUCGAGUGUUUUACGUACAUAGAAGAAGUAUAUAUAUAUAUCUAUAUAUAUGAGGUCGAAAUUUAUGUAAGAACAAAAAUAAAUAAGAUGAUUUUAAUCUGUAUGUUUUAAUUUAGUUAAGAAAUAAAAAAUUAAGUAUAUUAUUAAAUGAGAAA